UUUGUCACUCUGUUCUAAAAGCCUGGGGCAACGUGGUCUUUGCUGAACUCUGAGAGGACAAUUAGAGUCUCAUGCCAAAGAGGAACUAUCCUGCUUAACUCUCACAGAAAUAGAGUUGAUUUUGCUAGCUUCACAAUGGCCACUGGCUCAAUGAUGGAGGUGAUGAGGACCUCCAACCAGCCUGCAACCUCCAGCCAUCCAACCCCCACGCCUACCCCCACCCACAAUGACUCAAACACCUGCACUACUCUGUAUGACCACAAGGAGUAUGCCAGAGUCCUAAUGCCCCUCUUCUACUGCAUCAUCUUCUGCGUGGGGUUGCUGGGUAAUGCCCUGGCACUGCAUGUCAUCCGGCCCAACCUGAAGAAGAUGAACUCCACCACACUUUACUCCGCCAACCUGGUCAUCUCCGACAUCCUGUUCACGCUGUCACUACCGUUACGGAUAAUCUACUACGCCCUGGGCUUCCACUGGCCCCUGGGGGAGACCCUGUGUAAGAUCACGGGGCUGAUCUUCUACAUCAACACGUAUGCCGGGGUCAACUUCAUGACCUGCCUCAGUGUGGACCGAUUCAUUGCUGUGGUCUUGCCGCUCCGAUUCGCACGCUUCCGGAAGGUCUCCAAUGUCCGGUACAUCUGCGUUGGGGUGUGGUUGCUGGUCUUAAUGCAAACUUUGCCCCUCCUCUCCAUGCCCAUGACUAAUCCGGAGCCUGACGGCUUCAUCACUUGUAUGGAGUAUCCCAACUUCGAAAAGGUGCCCAACAUCGCCUACAUGCUGAUCGGCGCCGUGUUCCUAGGCUUCGGAGUCCCCGUGGUGACCAUCCUAUUGUGCUACUCCAUACUGUGCUGUAAACUCCGCCUCUCGGCCAAGGCCAAUCACCUGACGGACAAGUCGGGGCGCAGCCGCAAAGCCAUCGGGGUGAUCUGCUGCGUCUCCCUGGUGUUCGUGGUGUGUUUCAGCCCCUAUCACAUCAACCUCCUCCAAUACAUGAUCCGAAAGCUGAUCUAUGAACCGGACUGUGCUGAACUCACAGCCUUCCAGAUCUCCUUACACUUCACUGUGUGUCUGAUGAACCUCAACUCCUGCCUGGAUCCAUUCAUCUACUUCUUUGCCUGUAAGGGUUACAAGAGGAAGGUGCUGAAGAUCCUGAAGAGGCAGGUGAGCGUGUCCUUCUCCAGCGCAGUACGGACAUCGCCCGAGGGGUCGUCCAGAGACGUCGUAGAUGGUAAGAAGAUCCACCUCAACAGCACUAGGUACGAACAGUGUGUCCAACAGAAUGGUCAAAGGUGAGCGACGACCAACCAACAGACCGGUGAGUCAAAGAUCAACCAACAGAUCGGAGAGCCAACAACCAGCAAACAGACCAGCCAACAGACCGGUGAGCCUACGACCAGACAACAGACCUUUGAGCCAACGACCAGCCCACAGACUGGUUAGCCAACGACCAGCCAACAGACCGGUUAGCCAAUGACCAGCAAACAGACUGGUGGGCAAACAACCAGCAAACAGACCGGUAAGCCAACAACCAACCAAAGAUCAGCCAAAAGACUGGUGAGCUAACGACCAGCCAAAAGAUUGGUGAGCCAACAACCAACAAACAGACCGGUGAGCUAAAGAACAACCUGCAAACAGAUUGGUUAGCCAAUGACCAACCAACAGAUUGGUUAGCCAACGACCAACCAACAGACCAGUGAGCCAACAACCAGAAAACAGAUCGGUUAAGCAAUGACCAGCCAACAACCCGCUAACAGACUGGUGAGAACGAUGAGCCAACAACCAGCAAACAGAUCGAUGAGCCAACGACCAUCCAAUUUUAUUUAAUUUUAUUUACAGUGAGCUCCAAAAGUAUUGGGACAGUGACACAUGUAAGUGAAUUUGUCCCAAUACUGUUGGUCCCUUAAAAUGGACUAUGCACACAAAGUAUUGUAAUUUCUAAAGGGUUCACCCGAAGAGCUAGAGUACAGAGCCAAAACAAACAAAAAUUGUCACUGUCCCAAUACUUUUGGAGCUCACUGUAUUUAUUCCUUAUUUUACCAGAUGAAUUGACUGAGAAUACAUUCUCAUUUACAGCAACAAUAGACUGGUUAGCCAACGACUAGCCAACUUUGCCCCUAAACUUUGCCCCUCAAUGAUCAGCAGCCAACAAUCAGUGAGAACGGUGAGCCAGACACCAGUAAAUUGCAAGAGGAUGUCUGAGGAGAUAGACUGGACUAUAACUGUAUAACUGAUUAACAGUUUAAAGAGGUAUCUCACACCCUCUGGAAAUAGAGCCACCGAGGACAGCCAAGGUAGCAGACUGUUUCUUCCUCUUGCCAAUACACUAGUGCUGAGCGAUUAACUGGAAACAUUUCCCCCCGUUAUUAAACAACUAAUUGACCGACAUCCGUUCAAUUACUUGAAUUCCAUUUAGUUAUGUUUCUUUGUGAGCUCAACACGCUGUUUCUCUUGAGAGAAAUGAAAUCUUUAAUGAGAGAAAUGUAUUCAAUGGGCGUAUUUGAGCGGAUCACUUUUGUCAAGUCGGUGUUGACUGCAUAUACUUUAGAAACAUAUACUUCAUGUGAUCAAAGGACAUUACAUUUUGACUGCAGUCGACUGCAAAUUUCUGUAUACACUUCCUGCAUUAUUCUUCAAAUGACCUUUUGAUUAUUGAUACAUGUAAAAUAUUUCAACACCAUGUACUAAAUGUAACUAUGUCCCUCAAUUCAUUUUAUCAGGGUCAAUGACAUCCAUCUUUUUUUACCAAGAUGUUCAAAUUAUUUAAUUACUUUGUUCACAAUAAGGGUUCCCCUCUGUUUUUGAUUAAUGUGAUGACUGUAUGUUGAUAUCAAACCAUUUAAUUUUGAAUGAAUAAGAAAUGGAAAUAAAUAAUAUCUUGUCUUC